GUCUGGAAACACCGCCCUCUCCAUUCUUUCUUACUUUAAUACAUUUGGCUUUGCGACUGUAGCGAGUUUCUAGCUCGCGUAGUAAUGAGAAAUUAACACAAAAUUGCAUUAAACCACAACUGUAUAUGUUACUUGAUUUGUGGAUUGGUGUGAAUCCACUGUUAUAAGUACGCAGCGAUUGUGAGAGCGAUGAUGAUGAUGGCCGACGCGGGAGUAGUAGUAGUAGAGACAAGCUCCGGGCUGUCCGAUGUAAACACAGCCGGUUCGACCUCCGCGGCUCUGGCCUCUUUACACGAAGAGAUGAAGUGCGAUCUGGAGGCAGUUCCUGCUCUGAACCUGGGCGAGCUGGACCUCACCACGAAUGAGUUCAUCCUGGAUGAAGUGGACAUCCACAUUCAGGCCAAUCUGGAGGAUGAUCUGGUGAAGGAAGCGCUAAAAACCGGUGUGGACCUCAGGCAGUACUCCAAACAGGUGGAAUCCGAGCUUCAGCGCAUCGAACAGGCUUCAAUCAAAGACUACAUUAAAGAAAGCCAAAACAUUGCCUCUCUUCACAACCAGAUUACUGCCUGUGACUCUAUAUUGGAGCGCAUGGAAGGGAUGUUGAGCGGCUUCCAGAGUGACCUGUCCUCCAUCAGCAGCGAGAUCCAAACGCUGCAGCAGCAGUCCGUCAGUAUGAAUGUUCGACUCAAGAACCGGCAGGCUGUGCGCAGCCAACUCAGUCAACUGGUGGAUGAGCUGGUGGUGCCCAGCACCAUGAUCUCGGUUAUCCUGGAGAGUCCUGUGACAGAGCAGGAGUUCCUGGAGCAGCUUCAUGAGCUCAACAAUAAGAUCAACUUUGCCAAGGAGCUCAGCUUCCGUGAAACUCUGGCCUGCUCCGACAUCCAGGACAUUGUGGACCGCCUCAAGAUCAAGGCUGUGACUAAGAUCCGAGAAUUCAUCUUGCAGAAGAUUUACUCCUUCAGAAAGCCCAUGACUAACUAUCAGAUCCCACAGAACACACUGCUCAAGUAUAGAUUCUUUUAUCAGUUCCUGCUGGCGAAUGAAAGGCAGGUGGCAAAAGAGAUCCGGGAUGAAUAUGUGGGCACCAUGAGCAAGAUCUACUACAGCUACUUCAAGUCGUACAGCGGGAGGCUGAUGAAAGUGCAGUAUGAGGAGGUGGCGGACAAAGAUGAUCUCAUGGGUGUCGAGGACACGGCUAAGAAGGGCUUUUUUUCCAAACCGUCGCUGAAGAGCAGGAACACUAUUUUCACCCUGGGCCAACGAGGUGCAGUGUUGAGCCCUGCGGAGCUCGAGGGGCCUAUUCUCAUUCCCCACACUGCACAAAGAGGGGACUGCAGGUACCCCUACGAGACGCUGUUUCGCAGCCAGCACUACGCCCUCCUGGACAACGGCUGCCGGGAGUUCCUUUUUAUUUCCGACUUCUUUAUGGUGGCUGGCAACUCUGCACUGGACCUUUUCAACUGCAUCAUGGGAAAGACUCUCAGCAUGUUCCUGAAGAGCAUGUCCACCUACGUGUCUGACUGCUACGACAGCAUCGCCAUCUUCCUCUGCAUCCACAUCAUCCUCCGCUUCAAGGCCAUCACAGCCAAGAGGAACAUUCCGGCACUGGACAAGUACUGGGAGGCUGUGUUGGAGCUGUUGUGGCCGAGGUUCGAGCUGAUCCUGGAGAUGAACAUCCAGAGCAUCCGAGACACAGACCCUCAGAAGCUGGGUGUGCUGGAUACCAGGCCACACUAUAUCACACGCCGUUAUGCAGAGUUCUCCUCCGCCAUCGUCAGCAUCAACCAGACGUUUCCCAACGAGAGAACCAACGCCCUUCUUGGGCAGCUGCAGGUUGAAGUGGAAAACUUUGUCCUGAAAAUGGCUGCAGAGUUCCCCUCCAGGAAGGACCAGCUCAUCUUCCUCAUCAACAACUACGACAUGAUGCUCAGCGUUCUUAUGGAGAGAGCAGCAGAUGACAGUAAGGAGGUGGAGGGCUUCCAGCAGCUUCUCCUAGCCAGAACGCAGGAGUUCAUAGAGGAGAUCCUGUCCCCUCCCUUUGGUGGGAUGAUUGCCUUUGUGAAGGAGAGCGAAGCCCUCAUGGAGAAAGGGCAGCUGGACCGGCUGAAAAACGAUGAAGCCCGGAUCACCCAGCUAGUCAGGGGGUUCUCGAGUACCUGGAAGCAGUCAGUGGAAGCUCUCAGCCAAGAUGUCAUGAGGUCCUUCACCAACUUCAAGAAUGGAACCAGCAUCAUACAGGGAGCACUAACCCAGCUGAUCCAGUACUACCAUGGCUUCCACAAAGUCCUCUCCCAACCCACCUUCCGCAGCCUGGCCGUCCGCUCUGAGCUCAUCAAUCUCCACCACCUCAUGGUGGAGGUCAAGAAGCACAAGCCCAACUUCUGAGUGGCAUGUUGAUGAAUGGAGUGGGAACUGGACUCAGACUCUGCAAUGAAGACUGUGGCAGUGAGGGGAAAUACCUUUCUGAGAAUCACUCCUAUUUUUCCAUUUUUAAACUGGGUUCCAUCCCAUGGCACUGUCCAGCUUUUACAGUCCUUUAUGAGUGACUGUCAGUACAUUUUAAAAUGAGGGAGGUUAAAAGACGAUGAGGCUGAAGCAUCAGUGUCACCAGUCACUUCAGACUGAAGUGGACACACUUGGGAUUUUUCUGUGUCUGUAUGGAUGUCACAAUGUUUUAACUGCAGUGGCUUGUUGAAGAAUCUGCUGGGUGCGAGGCUGAUUAAAUCCUUUGGUAUGAAAAUUAAUGAAAAUUGGCAGAAUCUCUGAUGGGCUCAGUUUAAGCUGAUGGGUUCUUGGAAUACUCUACAUAUUUAAAUUGUGAAUUCUCUAAUAAAUGUAUAUGUAAUAGUCAUUCCACUGGUAAUCAUUCAGUAACUGUUUCAAUAUGAUUCUAUUUAAAAAAAGAACACUUAUUUGAAAAAACCAUGAUUUAAUUUUUUACUAUGUUUA